AUGGCUGCCAUCGUCCCGAUUUCGUGCAACCAACGCUGGCGCAGUCGUUCUCGUAAUGCCAGCACGGACUCGGACUUUCUGGGGCUAAUACCAGCAUCACUGCCGUUCGGAGACACUCUUCAAGAUGCAGUGUCCGAAAGCGAGGACGAAGAUGAAAGCAUUGAACAGGUUGAGUCCUCGCACAAUAUCGUCAUUCCUCGAGAGUACACAGCGCACGAAGCUGCGUGGUUGAUUCCACCUCCGGUCAAUUCUGCCAAGUCUAUUGAGAGAAGACGUGCCAGUAGUUCUUAG